AUGCCUCGCGGUGCUUCUGAGAUAGCCGCGGUGUGCGUUGGUCUGAUCGGGCUGAUCGGCGCCGCCACCACGACGGGCCUGCCCAUGUGGAAGGUGACGGCCUUCAUCGGGGAGAACAUCAUCGUGAUGGAGACCCGCUGGGAGGGUUUGUGGAUGAACUGCUACCGACAGGCCAACAUCCGGAUGCAGUGCAAGGUGUACGACUCGCUGCUGUUCCUGCCCCCGGACCUGCAGGCGGCCCGGGGCCUGAUGUGCUGCUCCGUGGCCCUUUCGGGGUUGGGGCUCCUGGGGGCACUCGCCGGGAUGAGAUGCACCUCCUGUUUUCAGGAGAAUAAAUGGGCCAAAACCGUCAUUCUCCUGGUCGCGGGCGCGAUGCAGUUCAUGGCCUGCAUCUGCGUUUUCAUUCCAGUAUCGUGGACGGGACACGUCAUCAUCAGGGAUUUUUACAACCCUUUGCUGAUCGAUGCCCAGAGGAGGGAGCUGGGCGAGGCCCUCUACAUCGGUUGGGUGACCGGCGCCUUCCUUUUUGCCUCGGCUUUGCUGUUUGUCUGCCGCCGUUUGCCCUCAGACAAAGGCUCGUUCGAUGUUUACCACCCCGCGGACUUACUCAACUACAAGACAACGCCCAGCAAGCCCGCUCUGAUGAGGUAUCAUCCCAUCUCAAGCGUUCCCAGCCUGUCGUCUACUGGUCACCAGACCUCUCAGCACAGCAACGGAUCCUUUGGACAGCAGCCGGCCAUAGCACUGCAACACGUCCCCCACCUUAUGACAAACAACAGAACCCUGAUCAACCCGGCUAUGCUUUAUAAUCAAGGUCCUCCUGAUAAUACGUCUUUGUUCUAUCAAGGCAGCACGGUUAAUCGAUCCUCUCUGAGGAGUUCGGUGCCCACUGGUAGCCUGUACAGUCCUGGGAACACCUUAUAUAUAACCCAGAACACCACUCCACACUCAGCAACUUAUACUGGAAACGCCACUCCAUCCUACCAAUCCAGCUUUCACCCCGUUCCACAAACUCCUGUUUUCAUCACAUACCAAAAAUCGAGGAUUCAUCCAGCGUCUCACAGGGGAAGCGGCUCAGGAAUGUACAUAUAA